CUUCGGAUGAAGCACCCAAUUGCAAUUAGCAUGGGAAGCAAGUUAUCCUUAAUCCAAAUCCAAGUUCAAUAUCAAAGCAUAUACAAUCACAUGCACGUAGCAGUGAAUCCACAGUAACUUAAACCCCAAAAACUCCUCUCACACCAUCUUUGUCCCCCUCACAAUCACUUCCAACAUUGAUUGCAUUUAUAUGCAAUCUCCAUCCAUGAAUCCCCCACAACACAAGACACAAGCUUAGUUAGCAUUCUGUGAGUAACACAACACAAACACAAGGUAUAUAGCCUUAAAAGUAGAGUAGUACUAGUUGGAAAACAUGUCGGAUUGGGGUCCAGUGUUUGUGUCGUUGGUGCUGUUCGUGCUCUUAACACCAGGGUUGCUGUUUCAGGUACCAGGGAGGUCAAGGGUGGUGGAGUUUGGGAACUUUCAAACAAGUGGUGCUGCCAUACUCAUUCACUCCCUCCUCUACUUUGCUCUCAUAUGUGUCUUCUUGCUGGCUGUUAGGAUCCACUUCUACCUCGGAUAGUUCAUUUUUCUUGGGAUUAUUCAAUUCAGUCAUGUUUCUGUUCUGUUCUUAUUGCGUGCUGAAAUAACAACGUGGCUUUCAUCA